UGUAGGUGGAAGGAUGUGAAGGGCAGUAUCUGGACAGAAACAGGUAUAGGUUGGUAGAAUAUGAAGGGGUGAAACAUGUGCGCACAUGUGUGUUUGUGUAUGUCUGUGUGUGGAGUGUGUACAUGCUCAUCUCUGUGCUCAUGCAUGCACGUGUGGAAACAGAGGGAGAGUGCUGUUCUUGAGGGCCCAAGGAUUGGACCUACCGGGAAGAGAAGGUGCAGUAUUUUGGGAGUCUGAUAAUCCACAUUCAGAGCCUGGGACAACCAGAAUCUGUAGCUGGAAACCAUCUGCUCCUAACCCAGAAACAGUCAGCAUCCACACAGCAAGGAGCUAUGGCUGGGUCUUCAUAACCUUGUUGGAAACUGUAUCCAGAGCAGACUGUGUUGCUCAGCCCUGCCAGCAGGAGGCACCACUAUUCCACCUGUUCAUUGAAGAGAAGGCCAGCAGCCAUGGCAGUAGAAGGAGGAAUGAAAUGUGUCAAGUUUCUGCUCUAUGUCUUAGUGUUGGCCUUCUGGGCCUGCGCUGUGGGGCUGAUUGCAGUGGGCGUGGCAGUCCAAUUCACCUUGAACCAGACCAUACCCAUUGGGUCCACGGCAGGCUCUGUGGUGCCUAUUGUCAUCAUAGCUGUGGGUACCUUCCUCUUCUUUGUGGCCUUUUUGGGAUGUUGUGCUACCUGUAAGGAGAAUUACUGUCUUAUGACCACGUUUGCCAUCUUUCUGUCCCUCAUUGUCCUAGUAGAGGUGGCUGCAGCCAUUGCUGGAUAUAUCUUCAGGGACAAGGUGAAGUCAGAAUUUGACAAAAGCUUCCGGGAGGAAAUGAAAAACUAUGAGAAAAGUAACACCACAACACAAUUCUUUGAUGAUUUGCAGGAAGAAUUUAAAUGCUGUGGGGCAGUGAAUUAUACAGACUGGGAGCAUGUGGCCCACAUGCCCAAGAACAAGGUUCCUGACUCUUGUUGCAUCAAUAUCACCCAAGGCUGUGGAAAUGGCUUCAAACUUUCAGACAUUAAUCAGGAAGGCUGUGUGGAGAAGAUCGGAAAUUGGCUAAAGCACAGAGCUUUAGUGUUGGCUGGUGCAGCACUUGGUGUCACAUUUGUGGAGAUUCUGGGAGUUAUCUUUGCCUGCUGCCUCAUGAAGAGUAUCCGAAGUGGCUAUGAAGUGAUGUAGGGUCCCUCUGUGCCCCUCACCACCUUCUCAUGGCAAUAAGGGAGUGGGCUAGUGUGUCCUGGGUUUUUCAAUUAAUAAAUGAAUUAUUUUUUUUCACUCUGAAAAGAA